CCCAUUUAAUAAGCCCAUUAAAAUAUUGUUCCCAUCUUCCAUUUCCUCUCUAUUUCACUUCUCCGGUCCUUCUGCUUCCUUUCUGUUCUUCCAUAAUUUAUUCCGUUCUUCCAUUUCUCUGAAUUUCCAAAUUCUGAUUUCUCCAUGAAUCCUCAGCACUAUCUUCGAAAUCCCACCUUAGAACCUGAUCCCCAACUUCCCAACAUCAAAAUCCACCAUCCAGCUUCCCCUCGCCACCCAUCCGCCGCCACUCCCGUCGCCACCCCCACCCCUACUGCCGGCGCCCGCCGCAAGAUUGGUGUCGCUGUUGACCUUUCCGAGGAGAGUGCUUAUGCUGUUCGUUGGGCUGUUCAACACUAUAUUCGCCCUGGUGAUGCUGUCAUUCUCCUCCAUGUUAGCCCUACUUCCGUCCUCUUUGGGGCCGAUUGGGGCGCUAUCGACAUGACUCUCGAUACCGCCGGUGAUUACCCAGAUGAUGAAGAUGCUUCGAAUUCUGAAAACGGUCAACAGCAGAACCGCACCGAGCGCUCCAAACGUAAAUUGGAGGACGAUUUUGAUGCCUUCACUGCCUCCAAAGCUGCCGAUCUAGCCAAGCCCUUGAAAGAUGCUCAGAUUCCUUACAAGAUUCACAUUGUGAAGGAUCAUGAUAUGAGAGAGAGGCUUUGUUUGGAAGUGGAGAGAUUGGGGCUGAAUGCCCUCAUCAUGGGCAGUCGGGGUUUUGGUGCAGCAAAGCGUGGAAAUGACGGUGGGCUCGGGAGCGUUAGCGAUUAUUGUGUGCAUCAUUGUGUGUGUCCUGUAGUGGUGGUGCGUUUUCCGGAUGAGAAGGACGUCGGGAUCGGUGCUGGCUCUGUAGCUGUGCCUGUGCGGAAGGAGGACGUUGACGCCCCGAAAAAGUCUGUAGCCGAGGCAGUGGAGUCUAAAGGUGUUUAGAUGGUAAUUAUCCAAAUCAGAGACUGAUUUUCCCAUGUGCAACCACUUAUUCUUUGUCAGAUGAUGUGUCUGCCUUGCAUUUUACUCUGACCAAUAAUGGUGAGUCUUGUGUGUGGGGUUGGAAGGACGUUUGAAUAAGUUAAUUCUUGUGCAAGAAUUGAAUUGAAUUACCUUGAACUAGAUGGACAUACCCUCCUGGUAGAGGACCUACAAUCUCUCAACUAAGUAGGAAGAAGAGGGAUCAAUCAGCAAAAUGAGACCAAGGGAAAUAAAUUGUCCCUUUUGCUAGGCCAUGUAGCUGACAAAAAUAGCAACUGGCUGGAUCCCUUGCAUUCAAAGGUUUAGGAAC